AUGUUCAUCAAUGCUGGCGUUGAUCCCAAACUCCUUCGUACAAAGUUUACGAAGACGGCUCUUACUGCUGCGAUAUGCGCUGAAAAUGUCUCAGCCGUUCGAUAUCUGCUCCACAACGGGGUCGAUCUCAAUGUUGAGAACGGGGUGUUAAUAUAUGCGCUUUUUCGCAUGGCGGCGCGGGAUGGAAAUAGCGAAAUAAGAAACAUCUUUCUAUCAAUGAUUGACGUUGACAAAGACAUCAAUUCAGAUAAUGGAUCCGACAUGUUCCGUGAAUUGAUCAUAUGCACUGCAGCCGGUGGUUUCGACACUUUCUUACAGAAAUGGCUCGAGGAACGUCGAAUAUUACACCGAUCAAACAAUCCCAAGGCUGACAACUUGAUCGAGUCCGUUCGCACAGCGACUUAUGCUGCAAGUGGGCGACGACAACCCCGUUAUUUGAGAAUCAUCUUGGAUGACGAGGACUGCUUUAUUGACGACGACUUACAUUUACUGUAUACUGCCAAGACGGGUGAUAAAGUCGAGACAUUCAGCAUGUUACUAGAGCGAUCCGCUCUCGUGGACCCUCCGAUUGAAUUCGCAUCGAGAUUGAUGUUGGAUAUUCUUACCGAUGGAAAAUUAGACUUCGCAAGAGCAUUGAUGCGAUAUUCGGAUCGACUCGAUCUCGUCGGCGGAAUGGGCAGUGAGUUUGUCUUUUCAAUGGCUGCAAUGGGUGGUGUGGACGCGAUGCAAUUCGCGAUGCAAUUCGCGAUCGAACAGGGUGCUAUAUUAGAUCCUGAUAACGAAGGACAACAGAAGACGAUGGCUACGGCGGCUCAAAUGGCAAGACCGAGUGUACUCAAGAUGUUUCUCGAUGCAGGAUUCGAUGCGCAUGUCGUCAAUAACUCCUCAGGAAAAGACGACCGUGGUCCUACGAAUGCCUUGGUCGAUGUUAUACGCGCGAAGGACGGAGAUGACGCAGCGAAAACGGCGGAUCUCUUUCUAAAUGCAGGACUCGACAUUGAAGAACCAGAUCAAGAAACCGACGAAACGCCACUCUUGUUCAUGGCUGGGAGAACAAGUCGCCGGAUAUCUUGUCGUCGCCGAGAGCGUGCUGCCGGUUACCUCUUGGAGAAGGGCGCCAACAUGUUCUAUCAAAGUAGCCAGGCUCAGAAUCCACUAGUCGAGGCUGCUGUGAACGGCAAUACAGGUAUUGUCAGGAUUAUGCUGGAGUAUUUGGAUGUGACUUGCGUCCCCUUGGAGAUCAGUCGACCUUUCGUUCUAUCGGCCAUGGGGAUGACGACCUAUCGCGACGUUCUCAAAGUUCUGUCUCGUUGGUAUUGGCCGAAGGUGUAUCCCUGCCCACCUUGA